CAAGCAUUUCCAGUCAACAAAGCAUACUUGUUUCUCAUACAGGGAGUGACACGCAUAUUAAACAUAUACAUUGAGCCGUACGUGAGAGAAUAAUCUGGAAAUGGCAAGUCCAAGAGUGUUAGGGACUGCUUUCCUGGUCUUGCUUAUUGUAGACCUCACCUUUGCUGCUAGGACACUGCAGUCAAUUAGUGGAGGUGGAGGAGGAGGGCAGGGAGGAGGUGGUGGUGGUGGAUCUGGAUCAGGACUUGGGUCAGGUGAUGGUUCCGGGUCUGGAUCCGGGAGCGGUGAAGGAUAUGGUGCCGGUAGUCGUGGAGGAGGCGGGGGCAGUGGAGGAGGAGGUGGUGGCGGCAGUGGAGGAGGCAACGGGUCAGGUUCUGGCUAUGGGUCUGGUAGCGGCUCAGGCUAUGGUUCCGGUGGUGGGAUAGGUGGCAGCAAAGUUGCUGGUGGUGGCAGUGGCGGAGGCAACGGGUCAGGUUCUGGCUAUGGGACCAGCAGCGGCUCAUGCUAUGGUUCCGGUGGUGGGAUAGGUGGCAGCAAAGUUGCUGGUGGUGGUGGUGGCAGUGGAGGAGGUGGUGGUGGAGGUCAAGGCUCUGGAUCAGGAAGUGGGUCAGGCUAUGGAAGUGGAAGUGGAAGCGGAAGCGGUGGUGGCCAGGGUGGGAAUGGAAGUGGAGGAGGAGGAGGUGGUGGUAGUGGUGGGGGUGGAGGAGGAGGAUCUGGCUCUGGCUCUGGCUCAGGCUCAGGUUAUGGUAGCGGGUCUGGUUAUGGCUCUGGAUAUGGAGGAGGGAAAGGUAAUUAAAGCUUGCCAUGAACACAGAGGAUACCUUUUCUUUUGUAUUCUGAAAUAAAAUUGCAGGAGCUCACACAUGCUGCUGGCGAGUGAUUCCAACCAUGCAUGUGUGUAUACUAUGGAUAAAGUCUCUUUUUCAAAUGCUAUAAAUAAAGAACACAUUUUACUCUAAGAA